AUGAAACAAUUGCAGACAUCUGUGAAUAAGCAAGAUGAAGAACUUACACUUAUGCGUUCUCAUAAUGAAGAAGUUAUCAAGUUGCUGUCUAACCUCACCCUUGAACAAUUAAGACAUGAUCAGGUAAGACCAUUAGAAGUAGCUGCUGCAGCUAAUCAACGCCAGACACCACCACACAUGACAAUGCGUCCAGUAAUAGAGUCACACGACAGAAAGCUCCCAACCAUUGAAACUGUGCAGGUGUCACAGCAAUAUGAACAUACUGAGGAAGAAGUAGAGUGGUCUCGAAAUGUGGAAUCUCUUGGUAAAACCGAGAAAGGGAAAAACCGAGAAAUAACAAUUAAACAUGAAACUCCUCCUGAUAACGAACUCACUAUGGUAAAUGCGGAACCAGUGAAAUGGCUGGUUACACAGAAAAAGCGGUUACAAGCAGCUCAACCAAGUAUAUCAAAAGAGGAAGUGAUUGACAAAAUCCUUGAGCAAUGCACAGGUGAUCUGGAUCACGCAGUAAGAAGUAGGCUUGGUACAGAGGACGACUUUGUACGGUUUACUACCAUAUUCGAAGAAGUGGUACGCCGUACUUCCAUUGGUAGACAAAGACCUUUGAACAAACCAAACUUGGACUGGAAGACCCAAGCAACAUCUGGUAGCAGUGCAGCCACAAAGCCCAAUAUUGCAAAACCACCGGUAGUAAGAGUACCAGGUAAGUGUGAUACAUGCGGGAGCACAGAAUCAGGACAUGAUUUUAGAGCCUGCAGGAGAAAAAGUAAGAAUAUCAAUGUGAUUGAAGGAGACUGUGCCUCAGAACCACACACACCUACAGGAGAAGAGUUGGAAAUUAUUUUCAAUGACGAUCAUGACUCUCUAUACGACGACGGCGAGUACAGAGUAGUUCAAGACGAUUCCUUGCAAAUAGCAGAUAUCUCGCAUCUAGAAGAAGAAUUCCGAAUACUGGAGCGUGCAAUUCCCUCAUUACCCCUCGCAUCCUCAACAACAUAUGGCCCAGUUGGGAAAGGGAUAUUAAGUCAGCACCGAGAAAAAACUACUUCAGUGCUUCGGGCAGCUUGA